ACGCCCGUGCGUAACAAACACGCUUCUCUCUCGCUUUGGCUACUGCAGCAGCUACCUGCCGGCCGCAAGACUGCACCUACUACUGUACCAACUGACCACUGUCUGUGACGUCGCGACCUUUCGCCUACGUCAACGUACAGAAAGGCGUUGGAAUCAGAUAAACUUCAUGGCCGUCGACUGGUUUACUACCUGCGCCCUGGUGGUGUUGGCUGCUUGGCUGCUAUGGAAGUACCUGUCGUGGAACCACAACUACUGGCAACGCCUGGGCGUGCCUUGUGUGGAACCCUCGGUGCCUUUCGGCAAUUUCAAAGACUUAUUUCUUGGCAAGACAUCGUCAACAGAAUCGUUCCUGGAGAUUUAUCGCAAGAUGGAUGGUGUGCCGUUCUGCGGCGUCUACCGCCUGCGGGAAGUAGCGCUGCUCGUGAGGGACGCCGAGCUGGUGCGUCAGAUGCUGGUCAGGGACUUCCCCUCCUUCCAGGACAACAACAGCUUUGUCGACGAAAAACUAGAUCCUGUAUUCGCGAGGAACCCAUUUUUUCUCAAGGGUGAAAGGUGGAGGAAAGUCCGGUCUCAGCUGAGUCCGUCGUUCACAGCUAGCCGCCUGAAACCCAUGUUCCUGCUGAUCAAAGACGUCUGCGAUAACAUGGUGCGAGUGCUGAAAGAAGAGGGGCCAAAAGCUAGUUCAGACGGGUUGGAGGCGUGGCGUCUGUGCAUGCGGUACACGGCCGACGUGGUUUCGUCGUGUGCGCUCGGCGUCAGAGGACGCGCCCUUGAGGACGAGCACUCGCCUUUACAUCAAAUGUUUCAGAAGCUUCUUGAGCCAACCUUCAUGACCAUUUUGACAAUCUUUGUCACGGCUACGUCACCGAAAUUGGCUACGCUUCUCCGUCUAAGGUUGAUGCCUGUGGAGGUCCAUAAGUUCGUGCACAAAUUGGUGACGGACACAAUCGCCCAGAGAGAAAGUGGAAACGUGCAGCGCAGAGACUACCUGCAGCUGCUGGUUGACCUCAAGACCAAGGGCUACCUCGAUAGUGAGGGACAGGUGCUCGCCGAUAAGUCGACCUUCACAGACAUUGACAUAGUGGCGCAGGUGAUGACAUUCAUGACGGAUGGAACCCACACCAGCGCCACGACCAUGUCGUUCGCCCUUUACGAGUUGGCUCUGCAUGAAGACAUCCAACAGCAUCUACGGGAGGAACUCCGAGAGGCGGUGGACAAGCACGGCGGGCAGCUGGGAUACGAAGCCAUCAACGACUGCACCUACCUCGACAUGGUCUUCUCAGAGGUGCUGCGACUGCACCCGCCGGCCGGACACCUGGAGAAGACGUGCACGGCGGCCUACCCCAUGAGGACACCCUCGGGCCGCACCUUCACUCUGCAGCCGGGCACCACGGUCAUGGUCUCCAUCGAUGGCCUGCACAGGGACCCGCGCUACUUCCCGGACCCGGACGACUUCGAUCCUGAACGCUUCUCGCCGGAGAGCAAAGAUCGUAACGCCAUGCAGGCGUACAUACCUUUUGGACUGGGUGCGCGCUCUUGCAUAGGACAACGUUUCGCGCAGUCGCAGGUGAAGAUGGGCCUCGCCACCCUAGUACUGAACUUCAAGAUCACCACCACCCCACGAACUCCAGUGCCUCUCCAACUGGAUCCCAGAGGGUUCCUGAGGACCGCCAAGGGCGGAUUAUGGCUCCGGUUCCAACCUCUGGCUCACUGACCGUGCCAAUCAAACCGGGUGUAAUACAUUCUAAUCCUCCAGGUUUCAUAUGUGCUGUGCUGUGCUGAGUUGUACAUAACAUACAAUAAAUGUGACAUUUCACUUAUGACC